AUGAACAUUGAGACUCUUGACCCCAUGUUGCGUGGCGAGGCCACCCCUGAACCCACUGACCUCGACAUGCGUGACGAUGACGAUUUUGGCACUCAGCUGGGCGCUAACCCGCCAGAUGCCAGUCACCAGGCUGACCACCGACGAGAUAUCGAUCCGGAAUCUGAUUCCGAGUUGUCAGAACUUCCAGACGAUCCUCUGGAGUUCCUUAGGAUCUUGCAGGAUACUGUAUUCUCGCGAGAAAAUACAAUGGACUUUGCCCGUCGGAUCUUUGCUUCAGAAGGCAUUGCUACCGGCCACUUCACCACCGUCAUCUACCUCGAAACGCUCCGCAGACUUCAGGCUACCCCCACCGCCGGUUUGAUUGCCCCGAUCGAUUUGGCCGCGGCAAACUUCACAUUUGGGAACCACAUCCGAGGUUUCCUCCGCGAUCGGAUCCGACAAAUCCUCACCACCCACAAUGUUGACGCUUACACUCAAAACAUCAACUCCCAAGGCCGCGCAAUAGAACGCACUCCUUUGCUCAUCUUGAGAGCCCACGUUGUAAGACUCAAAAAGUGA